UAAUACAUAUUCCUCAAUCAGACCAGACAUUCUUAUCUACCGAUAAAAAUCUGAUAUUGGUUGGUUAUAUUAUUUCGAAUUUUCAGCAUAAAGAUCAUCAUGUCCAAACCGGUUCCAAAACUUCCUAAUCAAUUUCUACCAAUUACUAAAGAUGUACUCAAAGAAACAGUAUUAAAAGCUAAAGAUUGGGCAAUUUUGCAUGGAUGUUCUAUGAGGUCAAAACAUAAUUACAGUGAAGAUUCAGUUCAAAUUUCUCCUUUCAAUUUACUUCCAUCAAGUUUUCCUCGAAGAGAAUUCAAAAAAGUUGUAGAACUUCAAACAGUUUUUAACGAGUUGAUGCAUCGAGUAGCUCACGAUAGAGAAUUUGUGGAAGCAUGUUUCAAGGAUACCAUUCAAGUGGAUGAAUUCACUGGAAACUUAUUCAAAAUAUAUGAAACAGUUCAACAAGAAGGAGUAUCUCAGGUGAGUUAGAAAUGU